CGAGUGUCCUGCUAUCGGCUUGAGAAUAGAUAAAACAAUUGUGAUCACAUUUCGUGACUUGACAUGUUCUAUGGUGGUUGCUGAUGGUUUUCUAAAUAGGAUACUCUCCUCUGUACUACCUUACUGCGAUGUACAGACUAUUUCCCGGCCAGAAUCCGAAGAUCGUGGGGCGGGAAUCGAUCAACAAACGCCAUUAACUAACCAAUGACGGCGAGAGUGAAUGGUGGAGAAGGGUUCGGGGUUUCAGCCAGGGGCGGUUUCCUGCAGAGAUACGGACUCACUCGGUGAAUUUUCUUCUCCCCGCCGCGCUGUUAUUUAUCUAGCUCUCCCAGGCUGAAAAGUUCGUUCUUCUCCCCUGCUACAUGGGAAGUGAUCUGCUUGACAAGUUGUUCACCAUGCCUUCGGUUGCCUCACAAUUCCUGGCUUUGACAGUUGGAGGUCUGGCUGCGUUAUCUAGCGCCUCCUUCCUCUCCUCACAGCUCGACCUUGACCCGUAUCCCUAUGACUUCCCAGUCCUGGGAGCCAAUGGCUCCGAUCUCUUUCCCAUGCGUCUCUGCAAUGGUUUCAAGCUAGAGGAAGCUAGCAUCGACGAUAUCCAAGCUCAGAUCGAGGCUGGCACUUUCACCGGGGUGCAGUUACUACAAUGUUAUCUGGAGCGUAUCUACCAGGUGCAGCCUUAUGUGAACUCCGUUCUUCAAUUCAACCCAGAUGCCAUGGCCAUCGCGGAAGCGUUGGAUAAAGAGCGCGAGCAAGGGAUAGUCCGUGGUCCGUUGCAUAGCAUCCCAUUCCUGGUUAAAGACAAUAUUGGGAGUAAAGACAAGAUGGAAACGACUGCCGGCAGCUGGGCUCUGGUGGGGUCCGUUAUUCCUCGCGAUUCGCACGUCGUCCACCUCUUACGCAAGGCUGGCGCCGUGCUGCUGGGUCAUGCCACCCUCAGCGAGUGGGCUGAUAUGCGCUCGAAUGAUUAUUCCGAGGGCUAUUCCGGUCGCGGCGGUCAGGCGCGCAAUCCUUACAACUUUACUGUCAACCCUGGCGGCAGUAGCACCGGCUCGGCUGUUUCCGUUACCAGCAAUCAGGUUCCGUUUGCUCUCGGAACCGAGACGGACGGCAGUGUUAUCAACCCCGCCGAGAGAAAUAAUAUCGUGGGCAUCAAACCCACCGUCGGGUUGACGUCUCGCGCCGGGGUCAUCCCCGAAACCCUACACCAAGACUCGGUUGGCUGCUUCGGCAAGACAGUCCGUGAUGCAGUGUAUUGCCUGGAUGCCAUCUACGGAGUGGACUCGCUCGACAACUACACUUUGGCGCAAGAAGGCAACACCCCUGACGGUGGGUACGCGCAGUUCCUGACCAACCAGUCCGCCCUGGAGGGAGCGGUGUUUGGUCUGCCAUGGCUCUCGUUCUGGCAGUACAACGACGCGGAGCAGAACGCGCAGCUGAUGGAGCUGCUGGAGUUGAUCGAGUCUGCAGGCGCCACGAUCAUCAACGGCACCGAGCUGCCACACUACAAGGAGAUUGUGGACCCGGCCGGCUGGAACUGGGACUACGGCACCACGCGCGGCUAUCCCAACGAGUCCGAGUACACGUACGUGAAGGUGGACUUUUACAACGACAUUGCACAGUACCUCUCCUACCUGAAUAACACCAAGAUGCGCUCCCUGGAGGACAUUGUCCAGUACAACUACGAUAACGCCGGCAGCGAAGGCGGCUACCCCGGGGUGAUGCCCGCCUUCGCCUCGGGCCAAGACGGCUUCCUCGCUUCGUUGGCGACCAAGGGUAUCCGGAACGAAACCUACUGGCAAGCCCUGGAGUUCUGCCGCCACACCAGCCGGGAGGAAGGCAUCGACGCCGCCCUGCGCUACAAGGGCCAGAACCUGACGGCCCUGCUGACGCCCCCGGACUUUGGCCCCACGUACGAGAUCGCCGCGCAGGCUGGAUACCCCGUCGUCAGUCUACCAGCGGGGAUCAACAAGGCGUCCAAGAUGCCCUACGGCCUCUCACUGAUGGGCACCGCCUGGUCGGAGACCACGCUCAUCAAGUAUGCCAGUGCCAUUGAGGAUCUGCAGCUCUCCUCGGGCACGCCGUGGCAGCGCAGUCUGGCCACCUGGAGCGGAUAUAUGGACCGAAACAUUCCUGUUAAUUGAUAUACAUACAGCUAUGAUGAACAGUUAACUCUUAUAUCUGGUACUUGUUGAUUCAAGAAUAUUCCACCUAGUAUACCUAUAAGCCAGUUUCUCAACCUCAACCGCUUGACUGUCCAAUCAGCUUCAUCCAUCAGAACAACUCCCACUGAGAAUUUCUGGACGAACCUCAGGAACUCGCCGAGUCUGCCAUGGGUAACGACAAACGGUGAACUCAGAAUGAUGACAAGGUACGUAUUUCUAUAGUCUAAAUACCUGCUGACUCCUGGUAUGCAGUAUGCA